AGGUCAUACAUUACGGAGGUUGGGCUGCAUUAGCGUCGGACUGUUCGCACACGUGAUUUAUAUCAUUUAGAAAUUGGCUCUGAAAAUGGAUUGAGAACUUCAAGCCCUCUUGAUGGACAUUUGCGAUGAGCUAAUGGCAGACCAAAGGAUGGACAUUUCUUCAACGAUGAACGAGUUCAUGUCGCCGAGCCCGACUAGCUUGAUCAGCAGCUCCAUGAGCGCUGGCGGCGUGGACUACACACGCAAGAGGAAGGGCAGCUCCACGGACUACCAAAUCGAUGGAUUUUCCUUUGAGGAUGGCUUGGACCCAGACAAGGACAAACAACUUGGACGGGACUGUGCUGACCAGCAGGGAAGGAUUAAGAAUGCCAGGGAGGCCCACAGUCAGAUCGAGAAGAGGCGGAGGGACAAGAUGAACAGCUUCAUCGAUGAGCUGGCCUCCUUGGUGCCCACCUGCAACGCCAUGCCCCGCAAGCUAGACAAGCUCACAGUGCUGCGCAUGGCUGUCCAGCACAUGAAGACGCUACGAGGUGCUGCUAACCCUUACACUGAAGCAAACUACAAACCGGCGUUCCUUUCAGAUGAUGAGCUGAAGCACUUAAUUCUGAGGGCUGCUGAUGGCUUCCUCUUCGUUGUCGGCUGUGAUCGUGGCAAGAUCCUCUUCGUCUCAGAAUCGGUGUACAAAAUCUUGAACUACAGCCAGAACGACCUGAUUGGCCAGAGUCUCUUCGACUACCUGCAUCCCAAAGACAUCGCCAAGGUCAAAGAGCAGCUGUCUUCAUCGGACACGGCGCCGAGGGAGCGGCUCAUCGACGCCAAAACUGGCCUGCCCGUGAAGACGGACAUUGCCCCCGGACCGUCCAGACUGUGCUCUGGAGCCCGCCGCUCCUUCUUCUGCCGGAUGAAGUGCAAUCGGCCCUCGGUGAAGAUGGAAGACAAGGAGUUUCCCUCAACCUGCUCCAAAAAGAAAGCGGACCGCAAGAGCUUCUGCACGAUCCACAGCACUGGCUACCUGAAGAGCUGGCCGCCCACCAAGGUGGGCCUGGACGAGGACAGCGAGCCGGACAACGAGGGCUGCAAUCUCAGCUGCCUGGUGGCCAUUGGCCGCCUGCACCCCCACAUCGUUCCCCAGCCCAGCAGCGGCGAUAUCCGCGUCAAGCCCACCGAGUACGUCUCGCGCCACGCCAUCGAUGGGAAGUUUGUUUUUGUGGAUCAGAGGGCUACAGCCAUUCUUACCUAUUUACCGCAAGAGCUUCUCGGCACGUCCUUCUACGAGUACUUCCAUCAAGAUGACAUCGGGCACCUUGCAGAAUGUCACAGACAAGUGCUGCAGAUGCGCGAGAAGAUCCACACCAACUGCUACAAGUUUAAGAUCAAGGACGGUUCGUUCAUCACGUUACGCAGCCGUUGGUUCAGCUUCAUGAACCCCUGGACCAAAGAAGUGGAGUACAUCGUUUCCACCAACACAGUCGUCUCUGGCAGUACGGUGGAGUGUGUGGACCCCAGCUACCCGCAGCUCACCACCUCCCCUCACAGCAUGGACAGUGUGCUCAUGGCUGCAGAGGGUGCAGGGAAGCGAGCCCUGCAGACUGUGCCUGGCAUUGCUGGAGGUACGAGAGCAGGAGCUGGGAAGAUCGGCCGCAUGAUUGCCGAGGAAGUGAUGGAGAUCCAGAGGAUUCGUGGUUCUUCACCUUCCAGCUGUGGCUCUAGUCCCCUCAACAUUACCACCACACCACCUCCAGACACCUCAUCCCCUGGAGGCAAAAAGAUCCAGAACGGCGAAGCGGCAGAGCUUACUUCGGCGGGGCUCCUGCAUGGACAGGACGCUAUCGGUUACCCGUAUUCCAACAACUCCAUCAUGAGUGACAGCUCCCAUCUUGGUAUCAGCAUCAUGGAUGAGCCAGGCUCCAGCAGCCCAAGCAAUGAUGAGGCGGCCAUGGCGGUCAUCAUGAGCCUGCUGGAGGCAGAUGCCGGCCUGGGGGGCCCUGUGGACUUCAGUGACCUGCCGUGGCCUUUAUGAGAGCCUGCUGGGGGAUGAGACUGUCAAAGAAUGGAAGGCACACUUCACCACGUUGUGUCUGUGAGCCAUAUCAACAGGGCUUGGCUCUACCCGCAGGAGUGAGGAGAGCUGAGGAAAAAAUGCCAUUGGCUAAGACAGAACUUGGCACGAUGAGUUUACGCAUCUGCCUGCAGCUGAACAGUGCCCUUUGCUGGGAUUUCUAUGUCCCCCUCACACACACUGCCUCAUCCCCUGGCUUUUGGAACACUUUAUAUUUUAGUGUUACUGUUUUUACACUACAGUUUCCAUGUUGAGUAUUAAGAGUUCAGAUCUUUAUCAUGUAAGAAUUCUCUUAAUAUACAUGUAUUGUACCAGCAGUCAUUUUUAAAAUAAACUUUCUCCUUAUGCAGCAGUUUUUCCCAUUCUUAAAC